GUAACGGGGCAAUUUCCGGUUCCGCUUAGCGAGCUUGCGUGAAAGCGCUUGAAAGAUUGUUCUGCCUUGUAUUGGCGUUCCCUUCAUGUUUAUCUUUUGAGAACAGUUCAGGUUAGAUAUACAUGUACGUACGUUGUACAGCAUGCAAAACCUCGACAAAUUUUUGUCGUAAAUGCCAUGACAACUGACACAUCUGAGAACAGUGUCUCAUACAAACCGCGUGGUUUUGGAACGCAAGCUUUCAUGUCGGACGACGAGCUCCUCGAACUGCACUUUAUGUUCUCUCUAUUGUGACUGCAACGUGCUCACACAUCAAGCACUGACUACCUGCACACAAGAUGGCGAAAACUGCUGCAGACAUAACUCUAGACGACAUCCUGAGCGUGUUCAGUAGCACGAAGCAGGUGAAAACAGUACAACCCUCCUACGAGCCUGUAUUCGCGCUUCGAGCAACUGAGGAGGAAAUAAAGGCUUUGGAGCAACCAAAGAGAGCAUUUUCCCAAGGCACCGAUUACGCAAAACGCUACCAGCUGGAAGAGUUGAAGUCCGUUAAUAAGGAAUGUUCCAGCACCUUGUCGAAACUCAACCUUCCUGGUCCCUCGAGGCAAGCCAGCGAUGUUGACGCCAUUACUGCAGUUACGAUGGGCCUGGAAACCACACGCCUGGACGACUUGCAGUCCGAGGACACUGAACGCAUAUACGCGACAUACUUCGGCACUACCCAUCAGCACAACGGCGAACUUCCCAUCGCUGCUUGCAAAGACCAAAUCGUGAAGAUGGUGGACACUUACCCCGUAGUGGUGAUCCAGGGUACCACCGGUUGCGGGAAAACGACGCAGGUGCCCCAGUACCUGCUCGACAGCUCCGCGUCGCGGGGCAAGCGUUGCAACAUCGUUGUGACGCAGCCCAGGCGCAUCGCUGCCAUCAGCGUGGCGAAGAGAGUUUGCCAGGAACGGCAGUGGAACUUGGGCACUGUGGUUGGUUACCAGGUUGGCUUGGACAACAUGACUUCAGCCGACACACGGUUAGCCUAUGUGACGACGGGCGUUCUCCUGGAGAAACUGAUUGGACAGAAGGAGAUGAACGCCUACACCCACGUCAUCAUCGACGAGGUUCACGAGAGGGACCAAGAAACAGACUUCCUGCUCCUAGUGGUGCGCAAGUUCCUGCGGAGCAACUCCAGAGGAGUAAAGGUCAUCCUCAUGUCUGCAACCAUCGACGUGGCAUUCUUCACGGAAUACUUUUCGACCUCUUUCCUCAACAAGCUAGAGCCUGCACCAGUGAUAGAGAUACCCGGUAAAAUGAAAUCUGUCAAGGAAUACUACAUCGGAAGCUUACACACGCUCGGAGAGAUUCCACAGUUUGACGCAUCGGAGCCGUACGUCCCGCAAGAAUCGUUCGUCCUCGCCCAUCGUCUGAUCAAGGUGUUCGACAGGAUCGAACGAGGCGAGCAAGAGAUAGAGGAUGGCCGGUUUGCUCCUGUUCGUGGGACGGUGCUGGUGUUCCUGCCAGGAUACGAAGAAAUUUCUACGUUGACUAACAUACUACGUGACGAUUGCGUUUCUUUGCGGUGGUCUGUACUGCCACUUCACUCAACGGUUACCCAGCAAGAGCAGCAGUCUGUGUUUCUUCCUCCUACGAAAGGUCACAGGAAGAUCAUUUUGUCUACAAAUAUUGCAGAAAGCUCCAUCACUGUACCUGACAUCAAGUAUGUGAUUGACUUUUGCCUCACAAAGAGUCUGAUAUGCGACCCGGACACAAACUACUCCUGUCUGAAGCUGGAGUGGGCCUCCAAGGCUAACUGUAAACAGAGGCAAGGACGUGCGGGUCGUGUGUCCGAAGGCAGGCUGUACCGGAUGGUGCCUGAAGAUUUCUACGAGAACGUGCUUCCAGACUAUGGCAUUCCUGAAAUGAAGAGGUGUCCAUUAGAGCUGACCGUGCUGAAGGCCAAGAAACUGGACCUGGGCGAACCCAGGGCCAUCCUGGCCUUGUGCCUCGACCCUCCGGAUCUCGGAGACAUCGAGAGGGCCAUCCUAGCGCUGAAAGAAGUGAGCGCUCUGACCACCAUCAUGGACGGAGAGUUCAACCCGUACGACGGCGACCUGACGUUCCUUGGGAAGGUGAUGGCCAACCUGCCCUUGGACGUACGUGUCAGCAAGAUGAUCAUCCUAGGCUUUGUCUUCAACUGCCUCGAGGAUUGUGUCAUCAUUGCUGCAUGCUUGUCAGUUCAGUCCAUGUUCUCGAAGCCCUUCCAGAAGCUUCUGGAAGCCUACAAGUCUCGGCUGGCCUGGGCCGACGGUUCUUUCAGCGAUUGCCUCGCGAUGUUGCACGCGUACAAGACCUGGAAAAGCAUCAAACAUGAUUCCCACUUCGAUCGCCGUGGUGGGCUGAAUGAGAAGGCCUGGUGUUCACACAAUUUCCUGCAGCUUCGUCGCCUACGAGAGAUUGAGCGGCUCAUCGACGAAAUCACGAAGCGACUGCAGAACUUCAACAUCCGCACGGCACGACAACCGAACCGGCGGAGGACCGACAGCGACGAGCAUUUUCAGUUCCUCAGGCUGGUGAUCUGCGGUGCCUUUUACCCUCACUACUUCGUCCACGACACCGUGGCUGAUUACGAUAACUUUCGGAAACUGGCAACAGAUCCACUCUGCACGGUUCUGCUCGGAGGGGUUCCUCAGAACCAGGGACCCUUGUACGACCACGCGCUUCGUAGAAUGUUCAGCUGUUGCAGCGAGCAGAUGAAAAUACACUUCGAAGAAACCAGGGCCACGAUAGAAUUCAUCCCGACAAAUCGUCACAAGGUCGGUGUCUUGCCGGCAGUCUACAACGCUGUCAAGAUGAGACAGCUGCGACUGCCACUGGAAUUGCACCUCUUCAAACCGGACGAGGCGAAGGAGAAAAUGGAGCGGCUGCUGAAGCUGAGCGCCGAGCAGAACGGUACGGUUGGAAGACUGCGCUCAAACAGAAUGGUCGUCGUGCCAAAUAUAAACCCGAUAAAGAGCGUUCCUCUGCCCGGCACCAACCAGAUGACCGUCAACAUUUACUGCACGUCGGUCGUGACCUGUGGCCAUUUCUACGCGCACUAUUCGGAACAGUCUCACGAACUGGCAGAGCAACACAUGAAUGCUGCCAUCAACCAUAACAAUGGAAAGCAUCUUAAGCCCAUUGUCGGUCCCGUCAAGUCGAACAUGCUGGUGUUGGCCCCGUUCAAGGGUGCCUACUACCGUGCAAGAAUCGAAGAAGUCUUUCCGCAGGACGGGAGCGCUCAGGUCUUCUUCGUCGACUACGGCGACAUGGCAAGAGUGAAAACGAUGCUGCUGAGGGAGAUAGAUCCCGAAACGCUUCUCGACGCCUUGAUCACUCCAGCACAGGCGUUUGAGUGCAAGCUGGCGGAAGUAAAGCCGUCGGUGCUCAGGUCUGCGCAAGAGCAGUGGACGGGACAGGCAAACGAAACGUUCUUGAAGAUGGUUAUGGACAGACAUCUCAUUGCUAGGGUAUAUUCCGUUGUGGACAAUGUCGUACACGUUCACUUGUUUGUCAAAGAACCGGACGGUCGCACCUUAAAUGUGAACGAGGAGCUGGUGCGUCUCGGACUAGCAGACGACGCGGAAGAGAGCCUUCACUCUGUGAGGGAUCACCAGUUGAGAGAGCGUGUAGAAUCUUACUACCAGUCUGUCAGUGACAUGAGGGAGUCUGGAGGCCAAGGCUGUGGGGAAGUGGAUGCAUCCAAGCUCAACUUUGGGGUUCCCGAAGCGUCUUCGAGAAGAGCACGACUCCACGGCCCAUUCAGUCCGCUCGAGUGCAAACUGUGUGGCGUCACCAGGCUGUGCGACUCCAGAGGAGUUCACGUGGAGCGGACGAGCGUCAACUCUGUCGUGUUGAACCCUGAACCUCAGAACCCUCACCCCCGCAUGGUCGUGGCCAGCCAUGUGAGCCAGAGCGCGACGAGCGACAACGUCACACUCCGCAACACCACCCUCAUGCCCAGCAUUCCGGGGUUGCACUGCCUCAUGCCUAUUCUCUUCUCACCAUACGUAGAGUUUAGGGCCAACAGAGAAAGAACAGAGUACACCGGCGCCCUCUGUGGACUUGGUUAUGACCGGAGGUCUAACCUGCCCGUGUACCCGGAACAUGACAUUGAGGUCGUCUUCGACAUCUCUAUGGAGCAGGACGACAUGUUCAUGAUAAAUGUGGUUCGCAUGUUCAUCAACAUGAUCCUACAAACUGACCCCGGGAGGUCAGUCAUCGACUGGGAUGGACCGGGUCUGUUGGACAAGCAAGAUAAAGCUAGGAAAUAUCUCAUGUCCCUCUUGAACCGCAAACGACAGCCGAGAGAACCACAGCCGUGCCCGAGACGCUACUACUGGGGGCUGCUGGACGAUGAGUGUCGGUUGAAGCCCCCAAAAGACAAUGGGCUGGGGACCGUGCUGGAGCCUCACGAUUGUGUGCUGCUAGAAACUUCCACCAGCACAAUGUUAGCCAUGAAAAACAAGCUGGAAGAACUCCACAUGAUGGCCAGCAACUGUCGAUCGGCAGCGGAGAACAUGAUGCUGUGCCCAGUCUGCAACGUGAUGUCCGUCAAUCCGUACGACCUUCUGCACCACUUGAAGACGAAGAGCCACAUGGAGAAAGAGGCCGAAGUCUUCGACUACUGUGCCGUGCUGGAAAACGAGGACGACUGUUGAGUGCAGCCAUCCAGUUAGAAAUCAAUCAUCUUCGUCUGCCCUCUCGGAAGAGUGCUUUUUCUCAGGAACAAUAAUCGAAAGAGUUGCGUUUGUGAUAGUGCUGCAAGUUACCGCCAUGUGUACGAGUGCUUACACCGAUUAUUCCUUCAUUUGGGAACGUUCUAUUCAUAAACUGAAAGUCUCAUUAUUUUAUUACGAGCUGUAAAAGAGCUGUAAAUACGAUGCUUGCUCUGUCGCUCCCAUCAAUUCGUAGACAAGAAACAAGAUGGCAUCUUGGAUGGUGCCAAGCCGCAGUGGGAGCUUGAUUGCGACACAUAUAGGUUAAAUUUGUAAAAAUGUGAAUGUGCGUAAUAAAUCCGUGCUGUACGAUGGCACAGAAUAUUG